AUGCCUCAGUAGCGUUAUUUACGUCGCACAGGUGCCUUCAAUUAUCGUGCGUAAGAAUUUUGUUAAAGUUUAUUGUGUCUAAUAGAAAAAUUAACGAUUUAAAAAGAAUAUAGUGUGUACGUGUAGUAGUGUUCAUAUUUAAAAAUUAUUAUUUUUAGAAAAUCAUGUUGCAAGCUGCCUUAAAAAAUAAGAAAGAUGUACUGAUGAAUUUUUGUGCACCUUGUUUACAACCGACUGUUACAUGUGAUACUAUUAGUACAGAAGGAUAUGAUGUGACUAAUCUUAUACAAGAUCCUUGUAAUGGCUUCUUAGCUUAUUCUUGUAUAAAACCACCAGUACAAAUUGACUUUACAUUCCUUUGCAAUAUACAAAUUCAUCACAUAUGUAUUUGGCCAUCCGUCGGUUCACAGAAAUCAUCUGGUUUUCAAAUAUAUGCGAAGACAGUUAAUAACAAUACCAUGUCAUAUACUUUAUUAUCGAGUGGUUGUUUAAGUGCGAAUAAUACUGGAGUAUUAUUUUAUGCGGCGAAUGUAAAUCCUGCUAAUAUUUCAAUAGCGCCGAACUUUUUGCAACGUUAUAUCAAAGGAUCAACUCGAAAUAUUGUAUCUCAGACUAAAAGUUUACGAAUAUGUAUAUUUAAGACACAAAAUUCAGUACCAGCGCUAGGUAAAAUUGAAGUAUGGGGAUCAGUGUCACCAAAAUCUAGUAAAGAUAUUAUAGCAAGUAUAGACGCUUUAUGGUCAGCUUCUCAAACAUCUGUUUGCCUACCAACGAUAAAACAUCGAUCUAAUAUUUCUACUGUUAACAUCAAGGACACUGAUGUACAGAACAAAAACAAAGCAAAAACUUCAUUGGAAAUACCAGAUAGUUUUUUAGAUGCAAUUACAUGUGAAAUCAUGACUCAACCUAUUCUGUUGCCCAGUGGUAAAACUAUCGAUCAAACGACAUUACAGAAACAUGGAGAAAGUGAAGCUUUAUGGGGUAGGUCUAUAUCGGAUCCUUUUACUGGACUUCCGUUUAAUGAAAAUCGUAAACCUAUAAUGGCAACUACAUUAAAAAUAAGAAUAGAUAAAUUCUUACUUGAAAACGCGACCAUAGAUGAAAUUAAAAGUUUACCGAGAGUGCUAGGUAAUAAAUCGAUAAAUCAUAAUACCUCGUAUCAAUAUCUCAUAGCAUGUCAAAAUAAUAGAAAUUCAAAAGAAUCCACUUCAUUGAUGAAUGAUUCAACCAAAAUAAAUAUUAAUGAUUUACAAGUAACAAUUCCCUUGGAAUUAAAUAAUAGAGUUCAAAGAAAAAGUCAACGUCAUAAAUUACCUAUUCAUUCUCCAAUUCAUUCAAAGACUGCUCCUUAUCCUAAAAAAUUGAAGACAUCCAAUUUGGAUGCUUCCAUAAACUGUGAUAAUGAUAUAGAAAAGAAUAGUGAUAAACAAAUUCAUCAACAUAACAUAGAUAGCGAUAUCGAUGCUGAUAUUCAAGUUGCAUUGUCAUGCCUUAAACGUUUUAGUACACCGAAAAGUCUUCAACUUUACGCUUCAACUGUAAAUAACUGUGAUUGUUGUACAAAUAGUAUAUUUUAUAAACUACCAUGCAAUCAUGUAGUAUGCAGAAGAAUAUUAACAACAGCUGAAAAGAAUCAGUGUCAAUUAUGUGGUUUAAUUUAUGAAAGGAAUGAUGUAGAACGCAUACAUGAUUAGGUAAAAGUAAGGCAUAGUAAAAUUAAAGCAGUUUAUAUAAUUCAUUAUUUUGUUUUAAAAGAAACUAAUGAAGUUUCUGAAGUUCCUUAAUUAAAUAAACAAAUAAAUACAAUUUAACAAUUCAUAUAAGUAUUAAUUAUUAAAAAUAUUAAAAAAUAUUAUAUGAUCCUUAUAAUCAUUAAAACUUACUAGUAAAUCUAUUUAAUGAAUUUUUAUUAAUUUUGGAAUUAAACCUAAUCACUGUACAUUUUAUAAAAUAUACAAAAUGUAUAAUAAAUAUUUUAAUAAAUUAUGUGAUAUAAUA